UGGCGCCGCAGUGAGGGCGCCCGGCCGGCACCAUGUCCCAUCUACCCAUGAAACUCCUGCGCAAGAAGAUAGAGAAACGGAAUCUCAAGUUGCGCCAGCGAAACCUGAAGCUCCGGGGGGCCUCGGAUGUGAGCUUAUCAGAAACACAAAAUGGAGAUGUGUCUGAAGAAACAGUGGGAGGUGGGAAGGUUAAAAAAUCUCUAAAACAGUCUGUGAACAUGGGCUCGUCAGAAGCCCAGAAUGGAGAGGUAGCUAAAAAAACAGUGGAAACUGUACAAAUUAGAAAGAAAAAAAAGAAAUCUACCAUAAUAGUCAAUGGAGAAGCAGAAACACAGCCUCCCAAUUCAGAAUCAAAAAAAAAGAAGAAGAGAAAGAGAAAAAUGGUGGAUGAUGCUGGGCCUGAUACCAAAAAAUCAAAAACUGAAGACAAAGGGGACUCUGAAGAAGGGACCCAGGCUCCUGAAGAGACAGAAAACAAUGGGGAGAAGCCAGAUGAUGAGGAAGAGGACAGUGAAGUGCCCAGCCUACCCCUGGGACUGACAGGAGCUUUUGAGGAUACUUCAUUUGCUUCUCUUUCUAGUCUUGUUAAUGAGAACACUCUGAAGGCAAUAAAAGAAAUGGGUUUUACAAACAUGACUGAAAUUCAGCAUAAAAGUAUCAGACCACUUCUGGAAGGCAGGGAUCUCCUAGCGGCUGCAAAAACAGGCAGUGGCAAAACGCUGGCAUUUCUCAUCCCUGCAGUCGAACUCAUUGUCAAGUUAAAGUUCAUGCCUAGGAAUGGAACAGGAGUUCUUAUUCUCUCACCUACUAGGGAACUGGCCAUGCAGACUUUUGGUGUUCUUAAAGAGCUAAUGAUGUACCAUGUUCACACAUACGGGUUAAUAAUGGGUGGCAGCAACAGAUCUGCUGAAGCACAGAAACUUGGUAACGGGAUCAACAUCAUUGUGGCCACCCCAGGCCGUCUCCUGGACCACAUGCAGAAUACCCCAGGGUUUAUGUAUAAAAAUCUACAGUGUCUGGUUAUUGAUGAGGCUGAUCGUAUCUUGGAUGUUGGGUUUGAAGAGGAAUUAAAACAAAUUAUUAAACUUCUGCCAACACGCAGGCAAACCAUGCUCUUUUCUGCCACACAAACUCGAAAAGUUGAAGACUUAGCAAGAAUUUCUUUGAAAAAGGAGCCAUUGUAUGUUGGUGUUGAUGACGAUAAAGCUAAUGCGACAGUGGAUGGUCUUGAGCAGGGAUAUGUUGUUUGUCCCUCAGAAAAGAGGUUCCUUCUGCUCUUUACAUUCCUUAAGAAGAACCGGAAGAAGAAGCUGAUGGUCUUCUUUUCAUCCUGUAAGUCCGUGAAAUACCACUAUGAGUUGCUGAACUACAUCGAUUUGCCUGUCUUGGCCAUUCAUGGAAGGCAGAAGCAAAAUAAGCGUACAACCACAUUCUUCCAGUUCUGCAAUGCUGAUUCGGGGAUAUUGUUGUGUACAGACGUGGCAGCUAGAGGGCUGGAUAUUCCUGAAGUUGACUGGAUUGUUCAGUAUGACCCUCCAGAUGACCCCAAGGAAUAUAUUCAUCGUGUGGGAAGAACAGCCAGAGGCCUAAACGGAAGAGGUCACGCCUUGCUCAUCUUACGCCCUGAAGAGUUGGGUUUCCUUCGUUACCUGAAGCAAUCCAAGGUUCCAUUAAGUGAAUUUGAAUUUUCCUGGUCCAAGAUUUCUGACAUUCAGUCUCAGCUUGAAAAAUUGAUUGAAAAGAACUACUUCCUUCAUAAGUCAGCGCAGGAGGCAUAUAAGUCCUACAUUCGAGCAUAUGAUUCCCAUUCUCUGAAACAGAUCUUCAAUGUUAAUAACUUAAAUUUGCCUCAAGUUGCUCUGUCGUUUGGUUUCAAGGUGCCUCCUUUUGUUGAUCUGAAUGUGAACAGCAACGACGGCAAACUUAAAAAGAGAGGAGGUGGUGGCGGCUUCGGAUACCAGAAAGCCAAGAAAGUUGAGAAGUCCAAAAUCUUCAAACACAUUAGCAGGAAGUCCUCUGACAGCCGGCAGUUCUCCCACUAAAGACACACCUUCCUUGCAUCUUGAAAAGCUUUGUCCCGAAAUGGAUUUUUUUCCCUUUUUCUAACUAAGGAAUUGUCGUGGCUUCAGGAUUGGGACUGGUGAAACAGCAGUAUGAAUUAAUGUUGCAGCACUGGACAUGGAUACUUCCAGGAAAUACUUCUCUUAUUUGGGGGGUGUAAAACAGAGUUCAGUUUCUCUAGGUUGCUCAAGGGCAAAGCAAGAGGCCUUUUGGCUUUUGUUGUGAUGAGAGAGUAUUUUAAAUCUUUCAUCUCCAAAUUAGUCAUGAUUGUUUGGUUUGUUUGUUUUUUUUAGGGGGUUUUAUUUUUUUAUUUUUAUUUUUUAUUCAAAAUCAGUUAACAUAUAGCCUAUUAUUCGGAGGUAGAGUUAGUGAUUCAUCAGUCUUGUGUAACACAGUGCUUGUUGCAUCAUGUGCCCUCCUUAACGUCCAUCGCCCAGUUCAACCUUAGAAGGCAGUAACCUGGUGCACUGAACAGAUGCUAGGGGUGGUGAUUAAGAAGAUUGACUCAGGUUUUUUUGGAUUUGGUUGAUUCUUGGACCUUAACCAUAGUUCUUGACCUCCCCUGAUAAUGCUACUGUGGCUAGGAAGCACCUUAUAUUAAAGUUGGCAUUCGUUUUUAUAUAUGCCAGAUUUUAAAGCAA